AUGAUGACAAAUACCCCACUGGCCAAACAAGCGCGUAAUGGCAGUUCUGAACCGAGCAUGGGUGUGAAAAAUUAUGUGGAUGGACUUCUCCAAGCACACAAGGUCGUCGUUUUCAGCAAAUCGUAUUGUCCUUAUUGCCAUAAGGCAAGAGCAGCUUUGGAAACUCAAAACCUUAAGCCGGGAGCACUGGAAUGGGUAGAAAUCGAUGGAAGACCUGACUGUGGUGAAAUUCAAGAUUACCUUCAGUCACUCACUGGAGCGCGUUCGGUGCCACGAGUGUUCAUCAACCAGAAAUUCUUUGGUGGAGGCGAUGACACUGCGGCUGCUGCGAAGAACGGAAAACUUGCAUCACUUCUAAAGGAAGCUCAGGCAAUCUAA